UGUUCCUUCCCCCCUCCGAGAGAAAGAGGAGAAAGAUGAGAGAGGUGCAGCUUCCACUGAAUCAGACACAGAAGGUUAGACUACAGGCGGCUCUGCAACAACUUCAGGACUCCUCUGCUGCUUCUGUUACAGUUUCUGACACCAUCCCUGUAAACCAGGAAGACGGCGUUCUCAAGGGGCAUGGAACUAUUGAGCUUGAUGGUGAAGUGGUUGCGACUCUAUGUGGAGUAGUCGAGCGCGUUAACAAGCUGGUCUAUGUCCGUACUUUAAGGGCUAGGUACAAGCCAGAAGUUGGAGACAUUAUUGUUGGGCGUGUCAUCGAGAUUGCUCCAAAGCGAUGGAGAAUAGAGAUAAAUUUUAGUCAAGAUGCAGUAUUGAUGCUUUCUUCGAUGAACCUACCCGAUGGGAUCCAGAGGCGGCGGACUGCUGUUGAUGAACUGAACAUGCGCAGUAUUUUUGAAGAGAAUGAUGUCAUAUGUGCAGAGGUUCGUGGUUUCCAGCAUGAUGGCAGUUUACACCUACAGGCAAGAAGUCAGAAGUAUGGAAAGUUGGGAAGGGGUCAAUUGUUGACUGUCCCUCCAUAUUUAGUGAAGAGACGCAAGCAGCAUUUCCACCACCUUGAACAGUACGGAAUUGAUUUGAUUCUUGGAUGUAAUGGAUUUAUCUGGGUAGGUGAACAUGUAGAAGCCAGGGAUAAUAUGGUAGAAGAUCAAGAGAACAAACCUGAACAACAGAUAAGCCAGUCGAAUCAAAGAUCCAUGAAUCUUGAAGAACAAGAAAGCAUUUACACUCCUUUGGCAACAAGGCAGAACAUAUGUAGGUUUGCAAAUGCUGUUAGAGUUUUGUCUACGUUGGGCUUCAAUCUGACUGUUGAAGUGAUCUCGGACACAGUUGAUUUUAGUACUUCACUGAAUCUUGAUAUGCAUGAGAUGCUUGGAGCAGAGUUUUGCGUUCAGAUUGCAGAGAAAGAGGUUAAACGGAGGAGCUCAAUAUCAAAAAAGAAAUGAUCUUUGGUAGAAUUUGGUUUUUGUAUGGUUACUUGCCCUAAUUUGUAUUUUUGUUUGUUUUUAUACUUCCUGUAUCGGAGGUGAUUGAGAAAUUUUUAGGGAAACUAGCAAAUGGGAUUUGUUUUUUACGAGAAAAUGCCAUAAAAUGUUAAAAAAAAAAAGAUUUCUUUUCUUG